AUGGCAACCUCAUACGACUUCUCAGGCCAAUGUGUUCUGAUAACAGGCGCCGCAAGUGGAAUCGGACUGGCCACAGCGAAAGCAUUAUCAUCAAGCAAUGCCCGGCUAGCACUGUGCGACAUCAACAUCAAGGGCUUAGAAUCUUUCCAAUGUGAGGGCAAAAAGCACCGCAUAUACGAGCUCGAUGUGACAUCCCCGUCUGGCAUCGCCGAAACCGUGGAAUCCGCGCUGCGGGAUCUCGGCGGUAUCAACCACGUCUUCAACUGCGCGGGCGUGAAUCCCACAAAUCACGCACUGACCGACACGACGGACGAAUACUGGAGCAAUAUUGUCGACACGAAUGUCCGCGGCACGUAUCUGGUGACGCGAAGCUUGAUCCCACAUUUGAAGCCAGGGUCUUCGAUAGUUAACGUCUCUUCUAUUGCCGGGUCGCGUGCUAUGGCUGGGUGGGCGAUCUAUAACGCUUCGAAAUUUGGGGUCGUUGGGUUCUCUAAGUCCAUGGCUCUUGAAUUGGGACCAAAGUGUGUGAGAGUCAAUGUUGUUGCGCCGGGGCAUAUUCAUACUCCGACUAAUAUUGCGGUGAAGACGGGCCAGGAGGAGAUUGAUAGAACUGCUGAGUUCGCAAGUGCGAUGGGGAGAUUUGGGACGGCGGAGGAGGUGGCUGACGUGGUACUGUUUUUGAUGAGUGGUGCUGCGAGGUAUGUCAAUGGGGCCGUGGUUGAUGUUGAUGGUGGAGCGAAGUGA